GUCGCACAAAAAUCAAGAAUCAAGUCUACGAAAUUAAUUGAGUGAAUCGCGAAUCAUAAUUGAGUGUGCUUUGAGGCGAACGCGGUGAGACGAACGGUGAAAGAAAUUCUACGCGCUUAAUUAAUUGCUUUUGGACGAGUCGGGUCAAAGUAAUCAAACUUGAGCUCCCAACAAUGAACUUCAACGAAUUCGAGCGUGAUUGUCUGCAAGCGCACAACCAAUUUCGCGUCAAGCACGGCAGUCCACCAUUAACACUAGAUCGAGGGCUUUGCAAUUAUGCCAAGGAGUGGGCGGAGACUUUGGCUCGCCGCAAUAUUUUACAACAUCGUUCAAAUAACCGUUAUGGCGAAAAUAUUUACAUGUCAGUGGGUCGUCCAAAUUUACGCGGUCGUGAUGCAGUGAGCAGUUGGUACGCUGAGGUAGGUGAUUAUAAAUUUGGAUCCGGCGCUGCUUUCAGCCUAAAAACAGGACAUUUUACACAAGUGGUAUGGAAGGGCAGCAAACGUCUGGGUGUGGGAAUGGCGAGAAGCGGUGAUCGUAUUUAUGUUGUCGCCAACUACGACCCACCAGGAAAUUAUAGCGGCGAAUAUUCCAAUAAUGUUUUGCCGGCAUUAAGCCGGUGCGUUGAAGAAAUGGCUACGGUAAAGCGUACCGUCAUCAUUAAGAAGGUUUCCGUGAGCGGCGCGCCAAACCAACCUCCGCCGAAACCUAUUACAAUAUCGCAAGCCGAUUUCGAGAAGGCUUGCUUGGAGGCGCACAAUAAAUUUCGAGCCAUGCACGGCACACCACCGCUCAGCAUUAAUCCAAACCUCACGCAGGUCGCCGCCAAAUGGGCGCAGAACCUAGCAAAACGGCAGAAGAUGGAGCACAGCCCCAAUGGCAAGUACGGUGAGAAUAUCUAUUACAGCAGCGGCCAGCAGGUGACACCGGAUAUGCCCGCGAAGAUGUGGUAUGACGAGAUCGCCAAAUAUGAUUUCGCCAAGUCAGUGUUCAAUCCGUAUACCGGACACUUUACACAGCUGAUAUGGCGCGACACGAAGCAAGUGGGCGUGGCCUAUGCGACGUCUGGUGAAAAGGUUUGGGUUGUCGCCAAUUACGAUCCACCGGGUAAUGUAAAUGGUUUCUUCAAAGAUAAUGUGCCACCAAAAAAGUGAGGAGCAAACAGGAAACGAGCUUCGAGCAAUAUUUUAAGGCCACCGCUUUUUGGUAACCACUGAAAGGUGUAGAGAAAGGGUAACAGCUCUAGUUGCGCUCACAAUUUCCUAGUUGUUUCAAAACUGCUUUCGAAAUGGAAUGAGAAACUCGACAUAAAUAAUUUAUAUUAAGAGAGAGCAAUAAAAUGGUUUUGUAUAGGGUUGCCAUAUCAAAAUGGAACGGGUUAACUGAAAUAAAUUCAAAG